AUGUUCAUAAUCUAUCUAUCUAUUAGAUCUAUCUAUUUAUCUAUCUAUCUAUUAGUGUAUCUUCAUCUAUCUAUCUAUCUAUCUAUCUAUCUAUCUAUUGAAAGGAAAGCAAAUUUUUUUUCUUUCUUUAUCAGUUACACAACUUCAUAUUUACUUCCUCCUUUUUCUUUCAUGAUAAUAUAUAUUCUAUUAUUUUCUCUCCUUCGAUUCAGUACAUGCAUUGUGAAAUUCUUUCUUUCUUUCUUUCUUUCGUGUCCAAAAUAUAACGAAUUCAUCGAAAAGAAUUUCCUUAAUGUUCUUUCUUUCUUUCUUUCUUUCUCUAAUUUCCUUAAUGUUCUUUCUUUCAUUCUUUCUUUCGUUCAUUCAUUCAUUCAUUCUUUCUUUCUUUUUUUUUUCUUUCUUUCUUUCUUUCUUUCUUUCUUUCUUUUCUUUCGUGUUCAAAAUAUAACGAAUUCACCGAAAAGAUUUUCCAUAAUGUUCUUUCUUUCUUUCUUUCUUUCUUUCUUUCUUUCGUGUCCAAAAUAUAACGAAUUCAUCGAAAAGAAUUUCCUUAAUGUUCUUUCUUUCAUUCUUUCUUUCGUUCAUUCAUUCAUUCAUUCUUUCUUUUUUUUUUUUCUUUCUUUCUUUCUUUCUUUCUUUCUUUCUUUCUUUCUUUUCUUUCGUGUUCAAAAUAUAACGAAUUCACCGAAAAGAUUUUGCUUAAUGUUCUUUCUUUCGUUCAUUCAUUCAUUUUUUCUUUCUUUCUUUUUUUUUCUUUCUUUCUUUUUCUUUGUUUGUUUGUUUGUUUCUUUCUUUCUUUCUUUCGUUCAUUCUUUCUUUCGUUCAUUCUUUCUUUCUUUCGUGUCCAAAAUAUAA